AUGGGAUCGGGAUCAUGGCACAUGGAGAGAAGAGAUAGUUUUAAAAAUGAGCCGGUGAAAGAUGUUGAGCAUGUGCUUGAAAAUGGGUCUCUCUCAAUCAUCGUGCUUGGCGCUUCUGGUGAUCUUGCCAAGAAGAAGACUUUUCCAGCACUCUUCAACCUUUUUCAGCAGGGAUUUCUGCAACCAAAUGAAGUUCACAUUUUUGGCUAUGCAAGGACUAAGAUUUCAGAUGAUGAGCUAAGAAACCGCAUACGUGGAUAUCUUGUCCGGGACAAAGGAGCUUCACCAAAGGACUUGGAAGAUGUAACCAAGUUUUUGCAACUGAUCAAAUAUGUAAGUGGUUCUUAUGACACUGAGGAGGGGUUUCGGCUGCUUGAUAAAGAAAUUUCAGAGACUGAAGUCUCAAGAAAUGGUGUGGAUGGAUUAUCCCGCAGGCUUUUUUAUCUUGCACUUCCUCCAUCAGUAUAUCCUUCUGUCUGCAGGAUGAUCAGGCAUUGUUGCAUGAAUAAAACUGAUCUUGGUGGAUGGACUCGUAUUGUUGUUGAGAAGCCUUUCGGCAAGGAUUUGCAAUCUGCAGAGCAACUCAGUACCCAGAUUGGGGAGUUGUUCGAAGAAUCACAAAUUUACCGUAUUGAUCACUAUUUGGGGAAGGAAUUGGUGCAGAAUCUGUUAGUACUUCGGUUUGCAAAUCGAUUUUUUUUGCCCCUCUGGAACCGAGACAACAUUGAAAAUGUACAGAUUGUGUUUAGGGAGGAUUUUGGAACUGAAGGUCGAGGUGGAUAUUUUGAUGAAUAUGGAAUUAUCCGCGAUAUUAUUCAAAAUCAUCUAUUGCAGGUUCUUUGCUUAGUUGCCAUGGAAAAGCCUAUUUCCCUAAAACCUGAGCAUAUCAGGGACGAGAAAGUGAAGGUUCUUCAAUCAGUACUACCAAUUGAGGACGAUGAAGUUGUUCUUGGACAAUAUGAUGGCUAUAGGGAUGAUCCAACUGUUCCUGACCACUCAAACACUCCCACUUUUUCAACUGUGGUUCUGCGGAUCCACAAUGAAAGAUGGGAAGGUGUUCCUUUUAUACUAAAGGCUGGGAAAGCAUUAAAUUCAAGAAAGGCAGAAAUAAGAGUUCAAUUUAAGGAUGUGCCUGGUGACAUAUUCAAAUGUAAGAAGCAAGGGAGAAAUGAGUUUGUAAUACGCUUGCAACCUUCAGAAGCCAUGUACAUGAAACUUACGGUCAAGCAGCCUGGACUGGAGAUGUCGACUGUCCAAAGUGAAUUAGACUUGUCAUAUGGGCAACGAUAUCAAGGGGUAACGAUCCCAGAGGCUUAUGAGCGUCUAAUUCUUGAUACAAUAAGAGGCGAUCAGCAACAUUUUGUACGCAGAGAUGAGUUGAAGGCGGCCUGGGAAAUCUUCACGCCUCUUCUGCACAGAAUUGACAAUGGUGAUUUAAAGCCGCUUCCAUACAAACCAGGCAGUCGGGGUCCUGCAGAAGCCGAUGCGCUGCUAGAAAAAGCCGGUUAUGUACAAACACAUGGCUACAUCUGGAUUCCUCCCACCUUGUAG